AUGCAGGGCAUGUUCUACUUCGAUGGGGACCUAAUCCCCGAACCCGAGUACGACCCACGCCAAGUCAGCAACUGGGUGAACGUCUUCAUCCAGGCACGGGACUCAGACUCCGACGACGAGACCCUCAUGCGCACAGUCGCAGCUUACAUCCGAACAAGCACCGCCUCCAUCUCCGUUCAUGCAAAGCAUCAUGAUUACCCCCUGUGCGUCUCUAUCAAGGUCCCCGGAGAUUACCAUUCCAACAAGGCUUCUAUUCUCGCGGCCGCGGAACUGCAGGCUGACUACUAUUGCCAGGAGAUUCGGAAUGGGAGAGUGCGGAUUAAUCGGGCUUUGCUUUUUCGGCGGGAGGUGCGGGAUCGGGAUUGGGUGUGA